CCGAACUCACGGGGAACGGCUUAGUUUACGGCAAGCCGGGACACCCAGGUACUGAGGACCUCUUCACUCCAGAGCCUAUCAGAAGAGCAGGGGGAGCAGUGGACCUGCUUAAGAUUCUUCCAACGAAGGGAAAGGGAGAGAACAUUCUUUGAAAGUUCACCUGGUGCUUGAGGCUCGCGUCAUUUCAUCGUUACAGAGACCGUGCUACGCCUUAGUGUCUGUCACCCGGCCUAAAGUCUCACAGCUCCCACGGAGCUCAGACUCAAUCCAGAUCUUUCUCUGAUGCCACCUCUCUUACAGUGAAAUUAUAUGUAAAAUUACAUGACAAUAGCCCAAUCCUUGUCUGUAUGGAUUUUAAACGUGCGAAAAAAGAAAUAGUGGAUCCUACCUACAUAUGGAUUGGGCCUAAUGACAAGCCAUUAACAGAAAAUAAUCAAAUAAAUAUAACUAAAACAGGAAAGCUGAUGGUGAAAGAUUUUCUGGAGGCUUCGUCUGGACCUUACACAUGCACUCUUUCUUAUAAGACUGUCAAAGCAGAAACCCAGGAAGAAACAAUAGUAAAGCAGAGAUAUGACUUUAUGAUCUUUGCCUAUCGGGAACCUGAUUAUUCAUAUAAGAUGGCUGUACGUUUUACCACAAAGUCUUGUGAAGGAAAAUAUAAUGACCUGCUUUUUAGAGUGCUGAAGAAAAUCUUGGAUAAUUUAAUGUCUGAUUUGUCAUGCCAUGUCAUAGAACCAUCAUAUAAAUGCCAUUUUGUUAAAAUUCCAAAACAUGGCCUCAUACAUGAGCUAUUUAUAGCCUUUCAAGUUAAUCCUUUUGCACCAGGGUGGAAAGGUGCAUGCAAUGAUUCUGCUGACUGUGAAGAUAUCACUAAUCAUAAUAUCCUCCAGGCAAGAGAUCGGAUAGAAGAAUUUUUCCGGAGCCAAGCAUAUAUUUACUACCACGACUUUAAUAAAACUAUACCAGCUAUGCAUUUUGUGGACCACAGUUUUCACGUAGUACGUAUGGAUAGCUGUCGUCCAGGCUUUGGAAAAAAUGAAGGUCUACACAGUAAUUGUGCUAGCUGUUGCGGUAAUUAUAAAAUAUAAAUAUCUAAAUAUUUAGGUUAUAUAGUCAGAAGAAUAGAUGAAUAAUUCCCUUAGGAUAAGUGAAUAUAAUGAUUAUUUCACAAAGUUAUAUUUGUUAAAGGGAAGUAAAAUUCAAAGCCCAAAUUUCUAGAAAUAAUUAUCUUCAUGUAUAUUAA